AUGAAGAUUUACGUAGCCUUUGAGGGGGCUUUUGAAGCGUUUGACGUUUCCACAGAUGAAACGGUAGCUGCCGUGAAGCUGAUGAUAAAGGAUCGCUUCCACAUUCCUCUCUCUGAAGACAAGCGGGGCAGACGGUGCCUGGAGCUCACGCACGCAGGAGCAACCCUGCAGGACGGCUGGAGUCUCGCGGACGUGGGAAUCUCCGCCUGUGCCACUCUCAAGUGCUCUGCCAAGGAGGAAGGUCAGCCCGUGUUCUCCGUGUUCAACACGGUCACCAGACAGAGGAUGGCCAUCGUGGGGGACGCGGCCCUUGUGGACGACAGAGUGGCGCGUCUGAGGACGCUGGUGGCACUGAGAUGUGGCCUUCCCGUGGGCGUCUUCUGUCUCCGGACGCCAGCCGGCCUGGAGCUGUACGACUGCAACCGCUUCCAGGACUACGGCCUGGCCCCGGGCACGACCCUUCGCCUGGACGUGUGGGACGGAUGGAAGGAGUUUCUGCGGGGCUGUGUCCGGGGCCAGACCCUGAAGGUGCAGCGCUACUUGUCCACGGAGGGCCCGGUGCUCAGGUACCAGAAGCGGGUGGCCCUGUACGUCGCCGCCUUCCACGGCCACGUGGAGCUGACCGAGUGGUCCCUGGCGCAGGGGGCGCGGCCCCACGAGGCGGUGGGCGCGCACCCCUACCGCGAGUGGUGCCAGGACGCGCUGCACGCCGACGUGUCCAAGUGCCCGGUGCACGCGGCGGCCGAGGCUGGCCAGCUGCUCAUCCUCCAGGCCUUCGUGCGCUGCAGCCCGCUGGCCCUGCAGUGCCGGACGGCGGCCGGCCGCACCCCGCUGGCCCUGGCCUGCGCGCACGGCCACCUGCACUGCGCGCGCUUCCUGCUGCGGACGCUGGCCUCUACCGUGUCCUUCCCGCGGGUGGCGCUGCCCAUGCGGCUCUACAUCCAGGUCAAGCGCUGGCUCUGCCGGGCCCAGAGCCGCAGCCGCGGGCAGCUCCGCCGGGCCAGGCUGCGGGGGGCGCGGGUGGGCGCGACCGUGCUGGUGGACGGCUUCGCCGCGUCCCCGAUGACCUCGAGGAGCUGGCGGGGGGUGGCGGGCGAGGCCGGGGCGACCCCCGGGGUGCGGCUCCCGCCUCUCCGGGUGCAGCCUGGUGCCGUCGGCCAGCGGCACCCACGGGCGGGGGUCCUGCCGCUGCCCCCCCUGCCCGCCGCCGUCUCGGACGCGCGGGGAAGGCAGCCGCGCCUCGCCCGCGCUGCCCCGCCGCCGGGGCCAUUCCCAGCCGUGUCCGGGGCUCGCUGCCCGCACCCGGCCUGCUCCUCGGCGGGCCCCGACGCCCCCUGCGCGCACCGCCGGAGGACCCCGCGCGACAACGCCCGGCGCUGCCUGGAGGUGGCCAGCGCCUUUAAGGAGAAGAGUUGGUUUCAGCAGCUGGAAAUCGCAAGAAUCCUCGCCAGGAAGAGCGUCUCUAGCCUCACGGCCCGAGGAGGAGGCCUGUCCGCACUGGAGAACCCUCUGGAAGUCGUGCUUUGAAACGUCCUGACGCUCCCGUCUGGGAGCAGACCUCACUGGGGGAAGCUGAGCCUCACUCCUCACGUUAGUGUUUCUCAGAAACAGCCCGAGCCACCGGGCGGUGGGAAGGGUGUGUGAUGUCCAGCGGACUCCCAUUUUUCAGAUGCCAUCGCCCACCUGGAAACGUAGGCAGCUCGUUUGCAGAUGGGGUCUAAGGAAGGACGGCCCAGAGGCUGGGCCUGGGGCCGCUGCACCGUGCUGGGUGGAGACUUUGCACAGGAGGGCCUGGGAGACACGCACACAGAGACAGAGACAGACAGAUCUAGAGAGAGAGCACAAAGGAUAAGCCUCCUGUGUUGCAUGUGGCCAGUCCCGGUUUGAUGCCCAGGACUGCAUCUUGCCUUGAGCGCCACUAGGAGUUACCCCUGAGCACAGAGCCGGGAGAAUCCUCGAGCACUGCUGGGUGUUUCCAAAAGAGAGGGAGAGGGAGAAGAAAAAAACAGAAAGAGGAAGAGAAGAAAGAAAAGGGGACAAAGAAAGAGAAAACUAAAAUGAGUGGAAAGGGCAGAGGUGAUAAUAUAGCAGGGUGGGCAUUUGCCUGGCAUGUGGCCAGCCCAGGUUCAACCCCCAGCAUCCCACAUGGCCCCUGAGCACUGCCAGGAGUGAUCCCUGAGUGCAGAGCCAGGAGUAACCUCUGAGCAUAGCCGGGUGUGAACCCCACAAAGGAAAGAGUGGGAGAAAGAGAAAAAGAACAGAAGAGAAGAGGAGAGAAGGAAAGAGGGGGACGGGGUGGGAGGAGAGGGAAGAAAGGAGCUUACAGGACUGGGAAGGUGGAAACAAAGAGUCUAUAGCAAUUUUCAUUUGUGUUUGUGUUCCCGGGGAACUGCAUCAAGGCUUGCAUCCUCAUAACGCAGGAGUCGACAGAUGCAGCCCAAGAAUUCUGACCUGUUCCUUUCAGUCUUCCAGGACCUUUCCCCAGGACUCUUUGAUCUAAAAACCUAAUGCAAAGAGCCGGGGAAACAAUGUCAAUGAUGGAGCGCAGGCUUUGCAUGCAAGGGGCCUGAUAUCAGCCUGGCAUUGUGUGCCCAUCAUGCAAAAUCUGGGCAGGAGCCAGUCAGGAGAAACCCCUGAGCACUGCUGGGACACGCUUUCAAAUGCUUAAUCAUCUGGGGGAGGCAGAACCGGCCCUGCCUCCUGCCCCAAUGAGACCCUGAGCGGUCGCCCAUGUACAGCUCCUCCGCUCCUGAACAGCCAUGAUCCCAGCGCCACAGAAACCAAUCUCCGGGGGCUGGAGAGAUAACACAGCGGGGAGGGCGUUUGCCUUGCAUGCAGCCGACCCCGGUUCAAAUCCCUGCAUCCCUUAUGGUCCCCUGAGCACGGCCAGGGGUAAUUCCUGAGUGCAGAGCCAGGAGUAACCCCUGUGCAUCGCCGGGUGUGACCCAAAAAGAAAAAAAAUAAAAGAAAGAAAAAGAAACCAAUCUUGGAAUGCAGCGGCUGCUGGCAGAAAUACCUCUGGACUCAAUACCAGAAUUCCAAAACUGGGCGGCCGCUUUCACAACAGUGCAACAUCAUAUGCUCUCUGUUACCAACAAUAGAAAACAUAGAAUCUAAUGAUGCCAUUCCGACAGGUCUGACUGUUGGGGUUAAACACCAAAUAAUCAUAGUGAGUUUCUUGUCGAAAAUUGAAUGUAAUCAAAGUAAGG